AUGGCGUUUCUGACGCUACUAAUGAGCUUUACACCAGAUUUUGUGUUCCUGCCUGGUACCACCCAGCUGCAGCUUCAGGCCAGUCCUGAAGCUGUUCAGGUGGCCCAGCAGAACAGCAGAUCACAGCAGACCACAGCCAGACUGCCAGUGACGGAGCAGAGGGCAGAGGCUGAUGCCAAGGCGAGGGUCUCAGCCCUGGGGAGGAACCCGGGUGACUGCAGGCAAGUCCUCAGUCAAAUGGAGGUCUUGUUUGGUAAGUACCGGGGCCAGACCUUCCAGUGGCUGCUGACCCACGACGCUGGCUAUGCAGCCGCUCUGCUGGCCAGCCACGAGGCAGAGACUGAGUGGGGAGAUGGCAGCACCCCACUCGUGUCCAACAAAGACCAGCUGCUGGAGUAUGCCCGCCUCUUUCCUGCUAUGGCAGCCGCCAUAGCAGACAAAAGGAGCAUGGGCACUGAGGCAGAGGGUGACCGGAGGGUGGGCUUUGGAAGAUACUGCACAAUGACGUACCGGGAGUUUUAUGAGACCGUGAACGCAGAGACCAGCAGCAACAGGAACUGGGUUCGGCAGCAGACUCCAACCAAGCCCAACUCAAGGCUGGCGCAGCUGAAGCAGUAUGUGGUCAGGAGGGACCAGGAGCCGAGGCGGACCGUCACCACCUCUGCUGAUACAGCUACCACCACCUCCUCAGCUGCUGCCACUGUUUCAUCAUCCCAGUCUUCCUCCACCUUCCGGUCCCCUUCAGCAACAGCAACGCUGUCUCAAACCAGCAGCACUGCACCCUCCACCUCCUCCUUCAGCACUUCAUCUGUGUCCACAUUGAGGAAGAAGAGGGUUUAUGUCCUGUCAAGUUCCUCAGAGGAUGAAGAUGACAAGCUGAUGGUGGAAGCUGCUGCUGCUGAGCAGGAGAUAGCAGCUGCAGCAUCUUCUCCUGCACCACCAGCACCAGCACCAACACCUCAGCCCCGCCCCUCGUCAUCUAGUCCGAGGAAGAGAAGGACCACGACCCUCUCAGCAUCUUCCUCUCCUCCACCACCACCACAUCCUAAGCCUGCUGCUCCUGUGGCAGGGAGAGCUCCACCUCCUGCUCCUCUCAAGCUGGCUGCUCCUCAGCCAGAGGUCCUGCUGCCUACAGCGGUGGAGGAGCAGCCUGCCUUCAGCAGAGCAGGAGUGGGUCGCCAGGGCUCUCUUUGUAAAGGACCAGACAGGGAGGCCAGUCCUGUCCCCUAGGCUCCAGCUGUGGUACCACCCGCCUGGACCACGGCUGGUGUACAACCAGCGCCCCUCCUCCCCUGACGCCUUCUUCCAGCGGCCCUUCUUCCUCUGGGCUCCAUACCGCAUGUGGCAGUACCACCUCAAGUG